AUGCAAUAUGUAAUUUCUUUUUUAAAAUUUUUAUUAAUUAUUGUAAUAAUAAUUCAACAAAUAUUAUUUUCAUGGAACAUUAUGAUAAAUAAAAUACUUUUAUUAGUAAUAGACAUUAUUUUAAUUAUUGUGUUAAUUUAUUUUCUUAUAAGAUCAAUUAAUAAUAUACAAAUGUAUAUUAUAUAUAUAUAUAGUAUUGUAACAAAAAUAACUAUAAUAUUUUUUAUAUCAUUUCCAAAAUAUAUAAUUAAUGAAAAACUAGAAGAUAUUUCUUCAGAUUAUUAUGAUAAAUGCUCACAGAAAAUUGUAAUAGUUACAAUAGCUAUAUUAAUUACUAUAGUAGUUUAUUUACUUUUAUGUUAUAUAGGUCAUUAUAAUUUAUUAAAUAUCCAUACUAUUAGCACAGAAAAUAUUUUAUUUUUUAUAAUUAUUACUCAUGUAUCUAUAGAUUUAAUAGAUAUUUCUGAAUUUUUUUUUUCUUCGUAUUUUUAUUUUUUGUUGUAUUACUUUAGAUUAAAAGAAGAAAUCUCUUUAUUUAAAGAAAAUAAAUUAUUUUUAGAUUCUUCUAUACAUAAAAAUAUAUUAGUAAAUUUUUAUACUUUUACUUUAAAUACAAAUGAAGUUAUUUUCAUUAUAUUCGGAGUUUUAAUUGCUUUAAAUAUAUCACUUCACGCUUACUCUUUACCUAACUACUCUUACAAAACAACAAAAAGAGGAAAUGAAGAUACAAACGAAAAAUUGAAAAAUAGAAAUAACAAAAACACUAUAUCACAUUUUCUUAGUCAAAAAAAGAAACAACAAAAUGAAAGGAAUCGUUUUGAUAUGUUACUUUUGAAUGAUAAUUCAAACAAAUAUAAUAAUGAAGAAUAUUACAUUGAUCAAAACAAUAUUUAUUAUGACAAAAAAAAAUAUAACAAUAAAUAUAAUUUCCAUUUUAAGAAAAAACAAAAAUCUCAUUCUAAAAUAGCAGGAGAUGCUAUGUCAUGCCUAAAAUAUAUAAGUAUAUAUAGUUUUAUAUUUACUGAUAUAUCUUUCUUUUCAGCUAGAUUAUUCAUAUAUUUUGUUUUUUCAAGCAAUACAUCUUCAAUCUUUUUUAUAAUUAAAAAUGUUUGCUUUAUUAUAAUUCAUGGAUCAAGAAUAUUCAGAAAAUCAAAGUAUUACCAUUCUAGAAAAAGAAAGAAAAAAAAAAAAAAAAAAAAAAAAAAAGGAAUAGUAGAAACAUGUAAUCACAAAAAUGUAAGUGAAAAUAUAAAUUCUUUUUUUCAAAGUCACAGUAAUUAUUAUUUAAAAAAAAGUUACGUUAACACAAAUUUUACUAAAAGCUAUUCUUCCAAUGAUACAAUAAUAUUAAAUGAAAUAAACAAUAACAAUUAUAAUAGAAUUACUAAUCUAAAUUAUAGGAAAAUAAAAGGUUAUUUUUAUUUAUUAUAUCUAAGGUAUAAUGGAAUAAAUUUUAAAAGAUAUAUAUCUUGCUAUGUUGAAAAUAUUGAGAAAUAUCCUACGAGGUGUUUUAUCAUAUUUCUUUUUUUUUUUUUAUUAAUAGCUGUGAAAAUUACUAUUGUUGUAAUCAUAUAUACUUUUAAUUUUGAUGACGAAUUUAAAAAAAAUCUAUAUGAAAUAACUUUUCUUUAUAAUUUUAGUGUUAUUAGAUCUUGUUUAAUUCUUAAUAUUAGUCUUAUUAUUAUUUCCUCUUAUUGCAUUUCUGUUUUUUUCAUUUAUUUAAUAUUAUGUUCCACUUUUGAUGCUAUUUUUAUGUCUAUAUUAUAUUUCUUUAAUUUAUUAUCUUAUUUAUUUACUUUAAUUAUUAUAUCGCAAUAUACACCUACUCAUGAUAUCUCUAUCUAUUUUAAUAAAAACAAAAAUAUUAUUAUGAUUCUUUUUGUCUUCGCUUAUUUAGUAUAUUUAUUUUUAGGUGAUACAUAUAUACUUAUAUAUAUGUUACUUGGGAGAAAAUAUACUACAUAUAAAUAUAGAAUAAAUAUAAAAAAAAAAAUAAAUAAAGGAAGUAUAAAUAAUGAAAAUGAAGAAAUUCCCAUUUCUAUAUCUGUUAUAUCAUCAUUAAUUGUUAAACUAAUUAAAUAUAUGAAAGGACCCUUAAUAUUAAAUAAAGUUAUUAUAGGAAAUAAUUUUAUAAAAAAUACAAGAUUAGAUAACUUUUUAUAUUUUUGUCAUAUUAAGGAAGUAGCAUUUAAAAUGAUUUUAUAUUUCUCAUGUUUUUUUUUAGUAUUUAGGAAUAAUAAUAUAAAUUUUUCUUUUGUUUUUAAAAUUUUCUUAAUUAAUUUAUCUAUGUCUAUUCUUUAUUUGAUUUUAUCGAAGAUAAAUAGAAAUAUUGCAAUGGAUUACACCUUCACUCAAGUUAUUUUUUUAGAAUUAUACAAAGGAAAAGAAUUUAAUUAUCCCUUGAAUUAUGAAAAUAAGUAUGAACAGUAUUCCUAUGAUCAUUUAAUUCUUUUUGAUAACUGCUUGAAUUUUUUUUAA